CAAAAAAAUAACUUAAUUGCUUUUGCAAUUAUUUUUCCUUUAGCUCUCUAAUGGCACUGGCCAAAGACCGAAAAAUUCCACAUGAUUCAAGCAUGAGCAGCAAGGUUCAAAAGACUAUUUUCAGUAAGUACCACAAAUCUGUGCUAGAAGAGGAAGAUGGCUCACAAACUGUUAAUGGUCUCAGCAAUGAUUCAGCUGUGAGUGUAACACAUUCUCCUCCUAUAUGUGUCAGUGGCAAAGGGAAUGCUUAUAAGGGAAAAAACUAUCAGCUUGAAGAUAAAGAAUCGCUGAUUCAUUUCAAAGGGUAUAGCAAUAUGAUGCAAGCUGGUGAAUCUUUGCUUAGCUUUCAGUACUUGAAAGAUAGUAGUCUGAAAGAGUACUGUGUUUGGGAGAAUAAUUUGCAUCAAGGUCAUACUCAUAACCACUGGAUUCAGACUAGUCCGAGAAGCCCUAGAGACAUGCGCAUGGUACAAGAUUUGAAUUGCUUUCAAACUGCUAGUGGCUAUAGCUCCAUAGCUGAUAAAGCUAAAGAGAAGCAACGUGGCCAAAGUUCAUCUGGGUGGCUCUACUCAGCACCAACUAUCCCUAAUGAUAGUAGCCUCCACAAGUUAGGAGCACAAGAAUCAGUUUUGCAAAAACGCCCUUCUAUGGGAGUGAACAUGAAAGCUGCCAAGAAGCAAUGCACAACUGAGAGUAUAAAGCCAAAGCAUAAGACAAGCCCAUCAAAGGAUCCUCAAAGUGUGGCUGCAAAGAACCGAAGAGAGAGGAUAAGUGAGCGGUUGAAGAUACUACAAGAACUUGUGCCUAAUGGCUCCAAGGUUGAUUUGGUUACUAUGCUGGAGAAAGCAAUUAGCUAUGUAAAGUUUCUUCAAUUGCAAGUGAAGGUGUUGGCAACUGAUGAAUUUUGGCCUGUCCAAGGUGGAAAACCUCCUGAUAUUUCUCAAGUAAAGGAAGCCAUCGAUGCCAUUCUUUCAUCACAAAGAGAGAGACGUUCAAGCUCAACGUAGAUAAGAUGAAGAUCAUGGUUCCAAGGAAAUGAUGUCUCAAUAACUCGAUAAAUUUUCAGACCAAGAAAAACCCCUUGCUCUAAGAGUUGUUAGUUCUGAAGGACAUUUUACUAGAAAUUCAGAAUGCAAGACCAUUAUGUAACUUCUAAACCAAUAUCUAGCAGUGUAUGCUGAGGCCUCUACCUUUUCCUAGAAUUUCAUUAACAAAAUAUCUAUAAGUACAUUGUAAUUUUC